UGUUGAUAAAUGUAACGUUUUGCGGGCUACCCUGAAGCAGUAGACACACUCUGUUGCUCCCACCCACACCAAUUUACAGAAGUUAAAAGUUCCUUUUUCACAGGCAAACAGUGAGCCUAUGCUUAGUUUCUAUUUGUAUUUGAUCCCACUGAUGCUCUCUUGGACUGAUUCAGCUCAGUAGCGUUAACUAUAAAAUAAGAGCAACAGAGGGACAUGUUUUGGUUAUCGUUAAAUGAGAGGAAAUUUUGAAACAUUGUGCAAUGGUGCUGCAAAGGUUUUGAAAGGUUGUGAGAGCUUUUGGUCCGCAAGGUGUCUUUGAGCCCACUCGUUGGAGAAGAAGCCCCCAUGUUGCAUCCCUACAGAAUGGAGAGUUAUCUCAUUGCACCUUCCUCUGAAGAAACGUAUGAUCCAGAGAUCUACAUACAUCAAAUUCCAGAAUAUUAUAGUCCAUAUGUUCUGGAUACAGAGAUGCAGGCAGAUCACUGGGAUUUUCACUCUCAUACUCACGUAUACCCAAUUGAGUUUGAAAAUCUUCAAGAGACAAACUUCACAGAGUUGCAAAGUGUACAGUCUCUGCAUCCACCCGGUCUCAUCCGACACGAGGUCAUGCGCUAUGAUCCAGAAAAUCUACUGGAUCCAAACCUCGGGGCACAUUCUCACAUGUUGCAGCAACCAGUAACGUUCUUCCCACGGACUGCGUAUCCUACACAUGUGUCACAACACAGCACUGAUGAUGAAGAGCAUGGACGCCAAAGUCCCCCCCUGGAGGUGUCUGAUGAGGAGUGUCUUCGAGAACAAGUCCCUUACAUCAUGCCGGGAGAGAUGGGCAACAAAAAGAAGAUUCGUUUGUAUCAGUUCCUGUUGGACCUUUUAAGGAACGGCGAUAUGAAGGACAGUAUCUGGUGGGUGGACAGAGAUAAAGGAAUGUUCCAAUUUUCGUCCAAACACAAGGAGGCUCUCGCACAUCGCUGGGGAAUCCAAAAGGGAAACCGCAAAAAAAUGACCUAUCAAAAGAUGGCGCGUGCUUUGCGCAACUAUGGCAAAACUGGGGAGGUAAAAAAGAUCAAGAAGAAACUGACAUACCAGUUCAGUGAUGAGGUCCUCGGGAAGACUCAUUUGGAGAGAAAGCCAUACAUGUAGGCAGAAGACUGAUGCAACAGCAGUGUUCACUUUUAAUAGUUGAUCUCUGAUGUAACUCACACAUUAGCAUUCCUUGUAAAGAGUAUUAAAAGUAUCACACCCUUAAAACUGCUGGUUUAAACAAUGGACCUACCAAGGAAGUUGGAUCAAUUUGACCCAAGCCAAAAAGAAAUUGUGACUCACAAAGGUGGGUUGUUUCUAACCCAGUAUUUUUAAGGGUGCAUAAAAGCUGUCCAGACGAACUUUAAUAGAUUUCACUGUUAUUUUGCAGCACAUUUAUUUCUCACAGCAUUGAAAUCCAAUGAAAAUAUUAGCCAAUGUCGGCCAUCCGUUUACAUUGCUUUUGCUAUUCACGCUCUAAAAACUACUGGGUCAAAAAAAGGUUGGGUCAAAUCCCCUUAUUUCUAUAAAUUGGGUCAAAUCGGCCAAACUUCAUGGGUCGAUCCACUUUUUAACCCAGCAAUUUUUAGGGUGCAAGGACAUGCAUGGGAAAGCUGAAGCUGGUAAAGUAUGUGUACAGCAAAGUUUCCGUGUGGAAACAAGGCCAUCCCUUUCUAUGUAACCUGUUAUUUAAAGACUAUAGAUUACAGGCUUGAUUUACCGAUAAGUUUGUUAAAAGUAAAAUUUUUGUACAAUAUUAUGAAACUGUAGAAUCACUGAAAACGCAAUAAAAAUUUAUUCAGUUAUGAGA